CGAAAUAUUAAUUCGAGAUAAGCCAUGUAAGUGUUUCCAUAACUUUAUUAAUAAAUAUUCGUUGAUAUAUGGUAAUAAUCAAAGCGAAUGCAUAGUUUUAAAACAUGAGUGUCUUAGACGAAAAUUCCCCUUCAGUAACAGACGGAUUAUUUUCUUUCAAAAAAGGAAUACGUAUCGAAUUGCCCGAUGCUCCAGCACCAGAUUCAGACGUUUACAAAAAAUAUAGAAGAAGAGGUACGGCCAUAAUUUUCAAUCACAAAUAUUUCAUCAACGAUUGUACAACAAGAGAAGGCACCGAAAAGGAUAGGGACGCUCUAGAAAACGUUUUGAAGGAACUUAUGUUCGACGUAACGGUGUACGAAGACCUAACUUGCGAAGAAGUUUCAGAAGUAUUACAUGUUGUGUCGAAAAUGGAUCAUUCUGAAUCUUCUUGUCUCGUAAUAUCGGUAAUGUCCCACGGAGAUAAUGGAAUACUUUACGCUAAAGAUACUUAUUACGAAACCGAAAAAUUGUGGAAAUAUUUUUCGCCUUUAUAUUGUCCCAGUUUAGCCGCGAAACCAAAGUUGUUUUUUAUUCAGGCUUGUAGAGGUAACAAAACGGAUCCCGGAUUUGAAGUUACGUACGUACACGCCGAUUCCGAUAAAAAAUCGACUGAUUUGUAUACGAUUCCGGUUAUGGCAGAUAUUUUAGUGAUGUACGCCACUGUGGAAGGUUAUUACGCAUGGCGGGAUCCGUCUAAGGGAAGUUAUUUCGUACAAAGUUUAGUUAACGAAAUUAGAAAAGGAUAUAAAAACAACAAAGAUUUGUUAACGAUUUUGACCGGCGUUAAUAGGGAAGUUGCCAUCGGGUUUACUUCGGUUGAACCUAAUUGGGAGGUUUUUAACAGGAAGAAAGAAAUGUGUUGUAUAGUAUCAAUGUUAACUAGGCUUUUUUAUUUUAAUUGAUUUAAUAAAAUUUUAUGGAA